AUUAUGGAUGUGGGGUGGCCUGAUCUCCAUGCUCCGCCUCUUGAUAAGGUGUGCACCAUCUGCAAGGCUAUGGAGUCAUGGCUGAACAACGAUCCCCAACAUGUGGUGGUGAUCCAUUGCAAAGGAGGAAAAGGAAGGAUAGGUGUAGUUAUAUCAUCAUAUAUGCACUUCACCAAUGUUUCUGCAAGUGCUGAUCAGGCUCUAGACAGAUUUGCUAUGAAGAAGUUCUUUGAUGAUAAAGUUUCAGCUUUAAUGCAGCCAUCCCAAAGAAGAUACGUGCAAUUCUUAAGUGGCCUUCUGUCUGGAUCUGUGAAAAUGAAUGCAACCCCUCUUUUCCUGCACUAUGUUAUCCUUCAUGGCAUCCCAAGCUUUGAUGCUGGGGGAGCUUGCCGGCCUUUUCUGAAGUUGUACCAGGCUAUGCAACCAGUUUUCACAUCUGGAAUAUAUAGUGUAGGGCCAGAAAAUCAAAGCCGAAUCUGCAUUGCUAUAGACCCUGCCCAGCUUUUGAAGGGAGAUGUUAUGCUGAAGUGUUACCACAAAAAAUACCGGUCAGCAACUCGUGAUGUGAUUUUUCGCCUUCAGUUUCACACUGGAGCUAUUCAAGGACAUGGCCUGCUGUUUAGGAAAGAGGACUUGGACAAUGCCAGCACAGAUGACCGUUUCCCUGAUAAUGGCAAAGUGGAAUUAGUGUUUUCAGGAACUCCUGAGAAAAUUCAGGGAUGUGAACACCUUCAGAAUGACCACGGAGUGAUAGUUGAUUACAAUACCUCAGACCCACUAAUACGCUGGGACUCCUACAAAAAUAUGAGCCCUGAUGGGGAAG